CUUAUCGAUUACGAGACUGGCGGGAACAGGAAAAUGGCCGGUACUCCAUCACAAGAAGGCUCCGUUGCAAAUGGAAAAAACAAUGUACUUAAAAGAAUUUGGUCAGAAACUGUUGAUCAUAAAUUCAAUGUGCUAAAAGUAGGGAAAGUAUUUAAAGACAUUUUUCCGUCAAUGGUAACUGGGGGAGAAGAUGGCAUUUUAAAGGUACAUCAGUGCACCAUAAACGAAGGAUCAAAAUUACUAUCAGGAUUUGAAACUAAGGGACAUUCACUUGAAACAAAGUCUGGUCCAAUCCAAAGAAUAUGUUUUGAAAAUGUUACAAAUUUUAACUCUACUGAUAUCCUUGUUGGAGACUCAAAGGGGAUGUUGACAAUUUUUACAAACAACCAGAUACUGAGUAGAAGAAGCUUGAUACAAAGCAGUAUUGCAUCAAUAACAAUUGAAAAAGACUCAGCUGGAAACAUGAAAAUUCUACUUGGCUCCCUGGAUGGAACUGUUCUUGCAGUAUCUCCCUAUUCAACUCUAUGGAAGCUGAGACUUCCUGACAUACUACAGGAAAAAUGCCAGGGAGCCAUCACAUCUUUUGAAAUUACAAGCAUACUCAAUCAACAUCUGGUAUCUGGCUCAACUGAUGCAACUUACACAGUUGUUGCUGAUAACAAGUGUUGCCUACAUUUCUUUCAGUCAGGUACUUUGGUGCGAACAUUAAAACUACCAUCAGUGGCUCUCUGCAUGUGCUCUGGUUAUUUCAUACCAAUGGAUCCAAUAUUGACCCCAGUUCCAACCACACCAAUGCUAACUUCUACACCAGGAUUUUCCUCCCCAACAAGAAAGACUCGACUGCAAGGCAGAAUGGAUGACCAGAUCGCUGUAGGUACAGCAGAUGGAAAGAUCUUAAUUGUUUCUGGACCAAAUAUUGUUCAAUAUGGUAACAUUGGAACCAGAAUAACAAAUAUCCAUGUUGUUAGAGGUGCAUAUGAUGGAUCUGAUUUAUUGAUUUGCAGUGGACACUUUAAUUUUCUCAGCAUUUUACAGGAUGGCAAAGAACUUACUAGGUACAAGACCGUUGACUGGAUUCAUACUUUUGACAUACUGAUUCAUGAAGAUUCAAACAAAUACAUUGUAAUAGGCUGUUUAGAUUCAAAAAUUGAAAUACUAAAGCUAGACUUCUGAUGCUGCAAGGGAGACUUCAUGUGCCAAUUUCUAUAACUGGAUUUAAGCACUAUUUGUACAAAUUCUCAUUUAAGAGAUUCAAGUUUUAAUUUUUUAGCAGAAUGUGCCUUCAAUAAGGGUAAUAGACAUCUUUAAUGUGUGUAUAAAUUUCUUCUCUAAUGAUAUUCUCAAGGAAAAACUUUCAGCUACUUCUGAAAAAGUAUUAUGACCACAACGAAUCCCCUUCCCCCCCCAAAGAAAGAAUCAAUUUUUAAAAAUCAGCAACAUAUCACUCCAGAUAGGUCUAUUUUUGAGAAUUUUGAUACUUUUUACCCUGUUUGUCAUAGCCCUGUUUGUACCUUAAGAUAACAAUGUUCAUGUUCUUACAUUUGUUUUUUUUAAACAGAGGAGACUGUACCUUAAUAGUCACUGCUGAAAACAGGCAGGGUUUCAUGCCAUGCUAAAAUUUGUGCAAAGAGAUCAUGGUGUAUGAGGGAGAGUCAUUUGAAGAAACUAAGAUCAGUACCAUGUUUUUGAAGUUGGUUCUUAAUCAUUUGGAAAAAGUAUAAUAGUAUUAUUAAAUAUUGAUAAUGCUUCAAAACCCUUUUGAGUUUGAUUUGCAUACACAUCCACACCCUUUUUGGAUAUAAUCACAUCAUUAAAGCCUUUUAAUAAUAUUAAUAUGAAGAGUAAAAUUUAAUUCUAAAACCAUUGGCGAUUUUCUUAAGUUAAAGUUCACCUUUAUUCAGGGAAGUCAUUUUAUUAAUAAGAAUCCUGGAA